CAUAUGUUAAUGUUAAUCACACGAGUCCCGGAUAAGAACAUUCGAACAAAUACCAACACACAAAAGAAAGAAGAAGAAUGUUGUCGAGGUUGUUCAAGGCUGGUGAGAAGGUUCUGUCCAAUCUUGUUAACAAGAAAGACUUUCACAUGGCGUCGAGCAAUACAGAGAAUCCUCCCAAAGUGCAAGAGCUUUACGAGCUCUGCAAAUCCACUUUCACUGGGAAAGCUCCUUCUCCUGGUUCCACCCCCGUCCAAAAAUUAUGCUAUCUCUUGGAUUCAGUGAGUCCUGGAGAUGUUGGGCUUGAAGAGGAAGCUCAAGAUGAUGAUAGAGGCUAUGGAGUUUCUGGGGUUAGCCGCGUCAACAGAGUAGGAAGAUGGGCUCAGCCGAUCACAUUCUUAGACAUUCAUGAAUGUGAUACCUUUACAAUGUGUGUUUUUUGCUUCCCAACAUCCUCAGUGAUUCCAUUGCAUGACCAUCCAGAGAUGACUGUCUUUAGCAAAAUCCUCUAUGGAUCACUUCAUGUUAAAGCUUACGACUGGGUCGAACCUCCAUGUAUUAUCACACAUGACAAAUCACAAGCAGCACGGUUGGCGAAACUGGUUACCGACAAAGUGAUAACGCCUCAGUCUGAACUACCAGUGUUGUACCCAAAGACUGGAGGCAAUCUUCAUUGUUUCACUGCGCUGACUCCAUGUGCGGUGCUGGACAUUCUCACACCUCCUUACAACGAAAGCGCUGGCAGGUCUUGCAGUUACUACAUUGACUAUCCUUUCUCCACUUUCGCACUGGAGGAAGGAGUGAAGAGCGUGGAAGGAAAGGAAGACGAGUACGCUUGGCUUGUGCAGAUAGAUACACCCGAUGAGCUUCACAUGCGUCCCGGAUCGUAUACGGGUCCAACUAUUCAAGUUUAGAUUGUUGCAAGUUGGUUUUGUAGCUAAGUAGAGAGUACUCUUGUAUCAUUGUUCCUGGAGAAGAUGUCAAAUACAGUUUCGGGUUAAAGAUACUCCUUCAUCAGUGCAUGUCUGAUUCACACGAUUAUAUUAUAAACUAUUGAAACUGUUUAAAAAA